AUGGCUUUGCUGCACAAUUCCAUUUUCCGCGGUUACAAUUCCAUCUACCACCAAGCCCCGCUUGUCGCCGACAAGGAUAAAGCCGAUUUUGUCGGUUACUGUCUAACCUGGUUCAAGUUCGUGAAAUCCCAUCACGAUGAUGAGGAGGCGACAUUGUUCACCAAGAUCGAGGAGCUCCUCCAGGACAAGACGGUAUUCGAGGAGACGCACAAGGAGCAUGAGUCAUUCCUCCCUGGCCUCGCCGACUUUGAGAAGUACCUCGCUGGCCUCAAAACCCCUUCCGAUUUCUCGGGCGAUGAGCUCCUGCGCAUCAUGCAGUCUUUCCAACAACCCUUCGAGCAACACUUCCACAGCGAAAUCGCGACCAUUUCCAACUUCGCCGACCAUCCGAACGCACCGAAACAUGGGACACCGGAGAAUGAUGCGGCAUCAGCCACUUUCAAGGCCUGGGGGAAGAGCACUGUUACCAAGGCAGGCGUCACUGACGUGGUGCCUUUCUUCCUGCUCAACCUCGACCGCACCGUCGAAAACGGCAUGUGGGCGAACUGGCCACCGAUGCCCGCACCCAUCCGGUGGGGUUUGAUCAACCUUGUCGGGGCCUGGCGCUCUGCAUGGUGGAAGUUUGCCUCGUGCGAUGCUGCUGGCCAGCCACAAGAGUUAUGGGCUUACCGGGCUACUCAGGCGAAAGCCUGA